AUGGCAGAAGCGCUACUAGAAAGCAUUACUGUUCCUGCAGUUGUUUCAAAAGAUGAAUGCAUUUACUGCUACGAAUCCCCUUAUAAUGAGCCAUUAGCCCCUAACGCAUCGCCUAAACAUUCCCUGAAUAUAUGUCUGAGCUGUUUCCAAGCCACCUGUGGUAGACACCUCCCGCUACAUGCCCAAGUUACAAAGCAUGCUUGCGAUUCUGUUCAUUCUAAUUACUUAACCAUUGUUAAAGUGGAAAAACCCAAACAGGAAAAUGUAGAAGAAGGCAAUAUUAAUAAAAAAAUGAAACUACRAGUCAUUGAGAAAUCAGAAGAUGAGACUCAUGACACUUUUUGGAGCUUGCAAAGUUUUUGUAGCGAGAAUUCAGCUACAAAUGUACUUUUAGAAUCAACAAAUACGAAUGUAUCUUCCGCAGCCUUGGAAAAGAUUAACCAGAUACUGAGAGCAAAGUCACAAGAUUUCGAAGAUAAGAAAAAUUCUUGGGAAUUAGAAAUUAGAACAUGCCCUCAUACAGAAAAUUUUCAAGUUCCUACUAAGCCUGACCGCGCUGUGAAUUUGAACCUAUGCUCUUCAUGUGAUCUCACUCAGAAUCUUUGGUUAUGUCUACACUGUGGUAACAUUGGGUGUGGUAGAGAGCAAAUCGGUAUUGAAGGCCAUUCGCAUGCUUUGGACCAUUACCGUAACAAUAAUAAUCAUCCCUUGGCCAUUAAGCUAGGCUCAUUGAGCUCUUCGACUUGUGAUUUGUAUUGUUACGCCUGUGAUGAUGAGACUAGAUUCCCAGACAAUGUCAACCUAGGUACUGCACUGAAAAUAUACGGGAUCAAUAUUCAAGAAAAGAUAGCAGAUGAGAAGACCCUAGUUCAACUACAAAUAGAACAGAACGAAAAUUGGCAAUUUAGAAUGGUUGAUUCCAGUGGUAAAGAACUCAAAAAGCUUCCCUCAAGUAAUGAGUACGGUUGUGGGCUGAUCAAUUUAGGUAAUUCAUGUUACUUGAAUUCAGUCAUGCAAAGUCUACUGAAUGGUGGCGUUCCAAGCUGGUCUUUAGAUUUUUUAGGAAACGAAUUCCCAUUGGAUGUUGUGUAUCCUGGUAAUAAUUUGAAAUGCCAAUGGAUUAAGCUUCUAAAUGCUAUGAAACUUGAACCAGAACUUUACGCAAACGGCAUUAAACCUUCUGCUUUCAAAAAAUGCAUCGGUCAAAACCAUGAAGAAUUCAGCUCCAAUAGACAACAAGAUGCAAUGGAGUUUUUGACUUUCCUUUUGGAUUCCUUGGACAGAAAGUUUUUCUCGGAUAAUUCAGCAGGAGCCUCAAAUCCAAACGAUUUGAUGAGGUUUAUGAUGGAGGAUAGAUUACAAUGUAAUAAGUGUGGUAAAGUCAAAUACUCUUAUGAACCAGCAGAGGCUAUACAGCUUCCCUUGAAGGAAAACGAUGAACCUCAAGAUGUUCUAGAGAGAAUAAAGGCAUAUUUUGAUGGCCAAACAAUCGAAUUCAAAUGCGCCAAUUGCAAGGAAUCAGUCACGGCAAACAAAAAGCCUGGUUUCAAAUCUCUUCCACAUACACUUGUUUUGAAUCCGAUAAGGAUUAAGUUGCAAAACUGGAUUCCCGUCAAAACGAGUAAUGAACUUUCGCUACCAGGCUUAACUGACAAGGAAGAUGUGCUUGAUGUUUCUUCGUACUUAUCCCAAGGAUUUAACUCACAAACAGAAACCUUAUUGCCAGAUGAUGACGAAAGCGAUACAAAAUUUACCCCAAAUAAAUGUGGCAUCUCUCAAUUAAUUGAAAUGGGGUUCACUGAAAAUUCUAGUGCACGUGCUCUAUUCAACACGGGAAAUCAGGACGCUGAGACGGCUAUGAAUUGGUUAUUCCAACAUAUGGACGAUCCCGACUUAAAUGAUCCAUUCAUUGCCCCUCCUCUAAACUCUAAGAAAGACAAGACAGACGUUGAUGAUGAUUCGUUAGCUUCAAUGCUUUCUAUGGGACUAAGUCCAAAGCUAUGUCGUAAAUCUCUGAUAAUCAAUAAUGGCGAUGUCAACCGUAGUGUAGAGUGGGUUUUUAAUAAUAUGGAUGAUAAUGGAGAGUUGCCUGGUUCUGAAGGGCAAUCUGAGCAACAACAGCAGCAACAAAAGGAUCUCGGAUAUUCGACUACUAGUCCUUACGCUUUAACUGCAGUUAUCUGCCACAAGGGGAAUUCUGUACACUCCGGUCAUUAUGUUGUCUUUAUCCGUAAAAUGGUAGAAGGUGAGUGGAAAUGGGUCCUUUACAACGAUGAGAAAUUGGUUGUCGCUGAAAGUAUCGAAGAUAUGAAAAAAAAUGGUUACAUAUAUUUCUAUACAAGAUGCUAA